UCCCAGUCAUGUGACAGAUGUUUUUGUUUCCUCCCGUGUUCUCGCAGAGUCAUGUGGGUGUCAAGCCCCCCCAACUGACAAGCUCCGGGGUCGAAAUCUCCUCAGCGGCUCUUCAAGAAGCUCUCUACCGGGGGUCAGAGGGUUUCCCCCGCCGAGGCAGAGGCUCUUCUUGAGGCCGGGAUCCGGUGGGAGCGAUGGCGGACGGGGAACGGUCGCCGCUGCUAUCCGAGCAGCACGACGGGACCAACGGCUACUCUCCCGGGGGCAGCCUGCACGGAUAUCUGCCAAAACCACAGAGUUUGGCGCCGUUCCCCAGCUCAGUGGCACCAGGUGAGCCUCCGCCGCCCUACUCGCCGCAGGGCAGCCCGGACAGCAGCAGCGCUCCGGUCAUCAGCUGCCGGGUCUGUCAGAGCGCCAUAUCUGUGGAGGGCAAGACACACCAGCAUGUGGUGAAGUGCAGCAUCUGCAACGAAGCGACGCCGAUAAAGAACGCCCCUGUUGGAAAGAAGUACGUCCGCUGUCCGUGUAACUGUCUUCUGAUCUGCAAAGUCACGUCGCAGAGGAUCGCCUGUCCACGACCGUACUGUAAACGCAUCAUCAACCUGGGACCAGUUCACAUUGGCAGGGAAAGUCCUGAACCGCAGCAUCAGCCCGUUGGCAUCAGGAUCAUCUGCGGACACUGCUCCAACACAUUCCUGUGGACGGAGUUUUCAGACCGGACCUUGGCCCGAUGUCCUCACUGCCGAAAAGUCUCUUCUAUUGGUCGGCGGUACCCCAGGAGGAGGAGCCUGCUGUGCUUCCUGCUGUUCAUUGUGCUUGUCGCCUCCACUGCAGGACUCAUGGUUGGCACGUGGAGGCCUGCCCAGAACUCCAAAGGGAUCUACGUUUCGUGGGUGCUGCUGAUCCUGCUCGCUCUGUUCACCAUGGCAAGAACCAUCUACUGGAGGUGUCUGAAAAUCAGCGACCCCAUAUCCAACAUCACGUAGAGAGACAGAGACAGAGAGGGUGAGAGAAAGAAAAGGAAGGUGAGAGGGCUAGUGGAUUAAGAGAGGGAGGAGAAGAGUCAACAUGUUGUCAGUGAACCACAUUUCUAAAAUCAUGAUAGGUACAGAGAUACAGAUACAGGAGAGGUGUGAGGAGACGGAAGCAAGAGAGGGAACGAUUCAUGUACGAUAUUUAAAAUCAAAUUCCACAUUCAUGCCAGAUUGAAUUACCCAAAAUAUGAGCUGGAAAAAAUCUUUAUAAUAAUUACAACAUGUAGAGUUUUCUGAAAUUAGGGAUGGUUGUCUGUAGAGCUGUUGGAGACAUAAGGAGCUUGAGGUAAACACAGACAGGCGGAUGAGCCAGACAAGAGAGAGCAGGAAAAAACCUCUUGAAAAUAUUUGUUUUUGACCCUGUAGUUUUCUUUGGUGUUGGACUAAUGUGUCGUUUCAAAGCCUGGUGCUGCUGUUACUCAACUGGAGCUGCCAGUAGCUGUUACGCUCACAACAAUAUUAUUUAAACGGGCUGUAGUUUUUGUGCCCCAAAAUCAGAAGGAAAUGAAAUCAUAGUAAACAAGAAUAGUAAAGAGGUUGAGGUUAACUGUUCGUAAGUUGAGCUCUGGUUUGUAUAGGUAGAUGGAGACAUACAUGAGGUGAAGGUGUUUUAGGUAGAUGUUAAAGGGAUAGUUCCGAUUUUUUGAAGUGAGGUUGUAUAAGGCACUUAUCCAUAGUCAGUGCAUUACUUGCAGUUGUCAGGACACCCCUAUUUUGGAGAAGCAGACUUGAGUAACGCCACAGAAGCUAAACAAUUUUUUCAGUUUAAGUAUUUUCACCGCUUUACCUCAGUGAUUUCUGAAGAACUGAAGCUGUUAUAUCUCUCUCUUCAAAGCCGCCAGACCCCACUGACAAAAACAGUAAUUUUACCUUGCGGAACACGUGGGGUUGCCGGUCUACCGCUGCCUCCAUCAGUUAGUUUGUUUGUGUUAUUGUGUGACUUCAGCAUCAAAAAGAGUAAGUUCAGGUUCAGCAAAGUCACAGAAUAUCACAAAAAGAUCAAACCACAGAGGCAGUGGUGGACCAGCAGCUCCUGUGGUCUGUGAGUAAAUUUACUGAUUUUGUCAAUGGAGUCUGGCAGCAAAGUAAACUGAAAAUAGGCUAUAUAUAGUGUACAGUCAAAAUGAUAUACAUUAUUUUAAGGUGGCUAAAAUAUCUUUUGCUGUGACGCCCGUCCACAGCAGCACAUCGCUUAGCUUCUAUACCGGGACUCCUGCCUGCUUCUCGAAACUGGGGGCGUGCCGACCACCAUCUCCUGUUAGUAAUACACUGAUUAUGGAUAAGUACCUCAAAAAACUAUCCCUUUAAGUUAUGUAAUUACACCAAAUGGGAUGAAAAACAAUUAAUCCUGCAGUAAUCACACUGAGCAGGUUGAAGGGAAGAAACACAACGUGCUUAUAUUUGCUAUUUUAUUUUUGUUAUUCUGUGCCAGUUUUCUUUCCUGGGUCCAGCUGGAAAGUUUUCUUCUAAACUGAAGUAACGUGUGACUAAAUCCCACAUCAUGGCUGUCAAGAUGUUAAGAACGAGAACAUGAAAUAGUUUGUUUCAUUGCAGAGAGCUGAUAUCACUCACUUCUGUGCGGCUAAUAUGCAGCUACAGCCAGCAGCCACUCAGCUUAGCAUAAAACAGGGAGAAACAGCUCACUGUCAAACACAUCAUGUCUUGUUUGUUAAAAUAGAGCUGCAACAAUCAGUCGAUUUAUUGACUUUUCUUUGUCAUUUGACAGUGGCAUUCAUGCAAUAGAGUAACAAGCUAACGUUGGGUCAGAAAUGCUUAACAUUUUUUGCCGACAUUAGAUAUCAUACAAAAGCCAAAUACUGUGUCGUAUUAGGUACAUGUGAGCUGUAAAUUCACCACUUCCAAGCAGAAGAGAGAAGAUGGCGUGGAAGUUGGGAGCGCUCAGUCCGCAACAAAAUCUGGGGACCAAAACGUCCCUAGAAGCACACAGCACACGUAGAAACAAUGACUGCUUGACUCCAUGUGAUGAUUCGAAUCUCAGACUCCCAAAGGGCAGCUCUAGAAAAUAAUCAUUAUUUGCAGCCCUAUUUUAAAUGCAAAGUAUAAAAACAGCAAGUUGUGGUUUUUACGUAGUGUCGUGUGUGUGGGAAUAUUUCUUAUCCAAGUGUUUUUAUGACCUUUGUACAGAGCCAGGCUCGCUGUUUCCCCCUGUCUCUAGUCCUUAUGCUAAGCUAAGCUAACCGGCUGCUGGCUUUAGCUUCAUAUUUAACACACACAGACGGGAGACAUAACGAUCUUCUCAGUUAUCUCUGGGCAAGAAAGAAAGUAAGUGCGUUUCCCAAAACAUUAAACUAUUACUUUCAGCAUUUGUAUUUAAAUUUGAGCAGGAACAAACCAAAAUCGCCUGUCAAUUUUUCUGGUAAAAUACAUACAAACAUAAAACAUCACCGAAGUCAAAGUGCACAUAUCCGUUAAAUCCAGUUGAUACAAGGAACCACACAAGUUUUGUUUUGGGGCAGAGUUCAUUUCAUAACAAGAUAACGUGUAUAAUAUAAUGAGGGAAAUGCAAUUAAUAAAGGGUGUACAUGUGAAUCAAUACGCAGGCAUUAUUCAGAGUAAAUGGCAUGAUCUUUUUUACAUUUUUUCAAAGUCAGUCUUGUAAAAUAUCUGCGCUUAGAUCAUCUCACUGGGAUUUUGGGGCAUUUGAUUGAAAUUGUUUAUCAUGUUUGAGAAUGGUUCACAUCGGAGGACCUCACAGUUCUGGGCUGACACGAUGAUAAACAUGCCGUGAGCUGAUCCUCUAAACUGGACUCAAAGUUAAUGUCACAACAUGUCAAACUUCAGCAAUAAACACCUCAUGUUCUGCUAAAAUCUUCUGAACUAAAACUAUGAAACUGCAGUUUCACUUGUUGAAGUCACUGAUGGAAAUCACUUGAAGCACACACAUGGGAAAUGAUUUAUUUAUUUAUCUCCUCUCUUCUUAAUUCACAUCCGUCUUAUUUGAAUCAAACUGAAGUUAGCUGACACACCAGGAAACCUUUCUCUUUUCGGGCACGGUCACACGCGACGCGAUACUCGUGCAUAGAAAAGCUAGCCUGCUACUAAACAUUGCAAAAUAUAAUGUUAGUGGUACACCUCCCAUUUUCUUACGUUCCACACCUGUCUCAUGACACACUGUCAGCCAGGUAGCGUCUCUCACGUGAGGCAGUUCAUAUUUUUCAUGGUCAGUGUCAGACAGUAUCUGCAGGUUAAACAUGGCAACAAUAAUCACGUCCUCCAUUUUGCUAUUGGAGGAGGCUGCAACUUCGCUUGUCAAAGUUCACCAAAGUUGAACUGCACCCAAUGCGAAGACGUAAAUUAGGGCUGGGCAAUAUGUUGUCACGAUAUUUUAGACUGUAUCUGGACUUCAUUAAUGCUAGGACCAAAUGCGCUCUCUUAUGUGAGUUGAAGGGAUGACUAUUAUUUUUUUUUCUUUUCAGAUAUGUUAACACAUUUCAUUUGAUUAAUGAUCAUCAAUAAUGUGGACAUACCGACUUAAUGGGUUAAGGUGAGCAUUAAUAGAAAUAAAAGUCUGGGAAGUGAUAAAUUUACAUCACUUAAUUAUAUUUCAGCCUUUAAAGAGAAGGAAAAAACAUAAUUCAUGCCGUAUCUCGAUACAACAGUAUCCAAAAUCUAAGACAAUAUGUAGUCUGAUAUCUCGCUAUGAUAUUGCCCAGCUUUAACGUGAAUUUGCUUUAUCACCGGAAACAUGUGUCUCAUUUGCCCCUCUGCUCGCGUUGAGUGGAAGUGAACGGGUGGCAAAAAACGUCCUCCAGGGAUGAAGUUAAUCUGUAGGCUGAUGCAGAGGUUAGCUCUGCCCCGGUUACCACGUUAUAAAGCCUGUGGGAUUUUUCUAUCGGAUUUUGGAUUAUUGCAGAAAAUAAGCUCUGUGGCGAACAAAAAUCAAUGAAACUUUUGCUCAGCAAGAUAAUCUUAACAAAUAAAGACAAUUUAUAUGAUUUUUGAAGCCUAAAUUAAAGUAAAGUAAAAAGCUAACGUUAGACAAUAAAAAGUGCAAAAGUGUGAACUCAUUUCCGCACUCCUGGAGCACUCUAUAUAUUCCCUGAUGAUAACUUUGCUCAUGUGUGACCGUGCCCUCAAUGUGUAAAUAUGUUCAGUGGGAUGUUGAUUUCUUUGGACUGUACAGAAUUAUCAGAGCUGUUGCUUCCCCUUUGUGGCUGAUUAAUGUAAGUACCAUGUUGCACUAUGUUGUACUGAUGUACUACUACUGUAAUGUUUCUGUCAAUAUUAUUCUGGUGGAUUGAUUUUUUUUUUUGUAUAUUGUGAAACAAAGUAAUACUUUUAACGA